AUUUUUAUUUUUUAUGGUGGCUUCUUUUUCCUUUUCCCGGGAGAACGAUUCUUUUAUGCCAUAAUGUUUUGGCUCUUCGGGGUUUCCCUUUUCUUCUCUCUGAGAGGGUUCUUUUCUUUCGUCGUCAGUCAUGGCUCUGCCGUGUAAUCUCACUUCAUUCUUUGCGAUUUUCCCUUUGAUUUCUAUUCCAUUUAGUGCAGUUUUUGUUCAAUUUUCGAAAAUCCCAAAAACAUUUUUGCUUUUUUUUUUUUUCUUCCCUUGCAUCAAACCCUAAUGUAGAUCGGGGGUUUUUUGGUCUGAAUACAACGAGAGAGUCUUUCCAGCUCUAGAUCUGUGGCUUUUGGUCUGAAUACAACGAGAGAGUCUUUCUGCUCUAGAUCUGGGGACUGCCUAAUAAAGAUAAGGAUUCGAAUGCUUCAGUCGGAAGGAUCUGCGCCUUAAUUCGUCGAUAAUGGUUUGGUUACUGGUGAAUCGAAGGAUUUACGCUCGGUCUCUAAUGCCGGAAUUUCCAUCUAAUAGAUCCAGCCAGGUUUAUGGGGUAGCCAAGAAGAUCAAAUCCUUCCUGGGCACUGGUUUGGAGGCAGGUGACUCGUUGGAGGAAUUCAAACUAAAUCCUAACGCAAGGAGUUUCACCCCAUCACAAACAACUGUUAGGCCUCCAUCACCAGUAUAAGAUGGUUCCUUCUAUUAUCCACCCAGUGUGUCACCUGUAACACAUAUGCAUGGCAUGUCUGUUGGUUUUGGGAUUGGACCAUCAUUUGGUGCACACCAGCCUGUUAUAUUUAAUCUGACGGUGGCACCAAUGCAGUCACCACAAGCAUACUUUAAUCCAAAUGGGGCUCAGUAUGGGCAGCAGCAAAUGUUUCUUGGGAAGUCUGGGCAAGUUGUGUGCAUGCCAAGCUACCAACCUGAAUUCAAACUCAAUCCUAAUGCAAAGGGUUUCACCCCAUCACAAACAACCGUUAGGCCUCCAUCACCAGUAUCAGAUGGUUCCUUCUAUUAACCACCCAGCGUGUCUCCUGUAGCGCGUAUGCAUGGCAUGCCUGUUGAUUUUGGGAUAUUUUCUGGGGUUUUUUUUAAACCCUUACUUUUGUUUAAUUAUAAAUGUACUGUUAAUCUUGUUGUGUGCUGCAUUUUGGCCGCCAGCUGUUGACCAGAAAGACCUUCUACUUUGAUAUGAUCGUGUUAAUAAACAGUUUAAUUAAUU